GUAUUUAAUGAAAAAUCUUCUUGGUUAUCACAUAAAGAAUCGCUUUUAUCAUCUGAUAAACAACCUUUAUUAUUGGAUGAACUAUUAUCACCAGAUGAACUUUCCUUAGAUUAUGAACCUUCUACAGAUA